AGUCGACAUUUCUUUGUCUUAAUAAAACAUUGCCCGUCACCUGUUUUAAAAUUACGCAUCCUCGAUUCGAUUUUGCGCGGAUGAAAGUGCGCCUUGUUUAUAAAAGUAUUCCAAAAUGGGAAACGUAUUCAGUAGUGUUUCAACGACAGUGGAAAGCACAGUAACGAGUGAAAGUGAAAUAAUGAGUAACAGAAGUGAUUCUAGUGACACAAAUGGAAAUGAUAACGUCGAUGAGGAAUAUCUGGACGCUAUCAAUGAAGAUCAAGUUCGAGCUCAAAACAAGGAAGAUGAAAUGAAUGAAUUCAGGAAGCAACUGAAUAUAAAACGUGAGCAAAGAAGGCAAAUUUUAGAUCGUCAUAAAAAUGAAAAGCUAGAGUUAGAAAAAGCUUUAAGUAAUGAAAGAAAAUCCCGAUUAGAAUUCAGUGAAACGAACAAAUUACUUCGGGAAUUACUGUUAAAAAAUAACAUAGAAAUUCCAGAAAAUCUAUUGUCGAAUGAAAAUGCCGAACUGAGUAGCACUAUUGCACAAAUGAGAGAUGAAUUUGAAAAUUUAAGGACAAAUAACAAUCAAUUAAGAAGAGAUCUUGCAGAAUCAAAUAAUACACUGCAGAAAGCGUAUUCCGAUAUUGCAGACUUAAAUUCCCAAAAUAUAGAAUCGUUGAAACAUAUAUGUGCAUUAAAAGAAGUAGUAUCAGUCAGUAAAACCAUGAUCGCUCUAAGAGAGCAACAACUUGACGAGUUAAAAAAUAAAUUAAACGAAAUCGAAAAAUCUCUCGCUGAUAGGGAAGCCAGCAUGUUGUCUACUGACUUGAGACAAGAAUAUGAGCGACAACUACAGAACAUACGAACACUUCGUGGUUUGUAUGAGGAAAGAGCUCGCCUCGCAGAAGUUACAAGACAAAGCUUAGUACGUGAACUCGAAGAACAAAAAGUGCUAUAUCAAGCAGAAGUUAACAAAUCGAAGAAAUUAACAGAUAAAGUAAAAGAAUUAGAAGACAAAGUAGAUGCACUGAUUGAAACUAUUGAAAAUAAAAAUAGUGAGAUUAGCGUUUGUCAAGAUGAAUCGAUUGGAUUGAAGGCUGAAAUGACUGUUGUUAACAAGUUAUUUUCGGAAGUUCUUCUUGGUUAUAAAACCAAAAAGGAUUUGGAUAAAUUGGUACAUCGUCUUGAGGAAAAUCAUGGUAUACUUACACAAAUGGCUGAAAGAGAAAAUGACACGGAAGCGUCCACUGCUUUACCAAAAUUGCUUCUGGAACUCGUAAACCAAAUUGAGGAGGAAGAAGAUUUAAAAAAGGAAGAAGACCUUCACGAUAAAAGUGAAACAUCUUCAGAGCAAAACAUUAGGGAUUCCGGGACAAUAGAUUUUGCGUCUACGCCUACACCUGAGGAAAUCGUUCAGAAAUUACCUAAAGUUUGGAGGGUGCUUAUGGAACUGCUAAGUCAUCAAAAUGUAGCAGAAACAAAUACUACAGAGAAAGUAACUACUUGCUAUAAAUCUGUGGAAACCAAGUCUGGACCUGUAUUAGUGCCAAGUGUUAGUCAGACUUAUAUUAGAUUAAAAGAUUUAAUAAUGGAAAAGCUCACACUUAUCAAAGAAGUUAAUCGCAUGAAACAGCUCAAUUCACAUCUUGAAACUCGUUUAGAAAAACAAGAACGACGACUUUGUCUAGUUACCACGGAGUUAAGCAAAACAUGGCAUGUUGUCGGAAGAUUACGUAGACAUCAUCAUCAGUUACAUACCCAUGAAAAGAUACUAAAAUAUGAACUGCAACAAAAAAGAAAAUUGCUAAACGAGCUUAAAGAAGAAUUAGAAUAUUGCAGAGAAAAAUGGGAACAAGCAAGAGAAAAGAAUUCACAAUCUGAAAGAGACUGGAGAACAUUAAGAGCUGAAUUCACAAGUCGCAAAACAAAAUUAGGCUCACCUUCAUUCAACAAUUCGGGCGAAAGUGGUUACAGUGACGAAAGACCUUCAGAUGAAUCUUCCGAAUCCAAUGACGAAAGUGAAUAUGUCACAGAAUCGCCAAUAAGAUGCAAGAAAAAGUUGAAAAAGUCCUUUGAAACUAUUAUAGAUUCAAGCGCAGAUUUUAAUUUAGCAGCAGAAAGAGAAGAUCCUGCGAGUGACAUGUUAGAUGUCGCAGAUUUACCACAUGACGAUAGUCAUAGUGAAAACAUCUCAAGGAAUGAGUUAGUUUGUGAGGAAACUGAGGACGAAGUAUGUGAUAUCAAUGGAGACCCAUGUACGGAAGAUAUUAUUGUAAGACAAAAUCUAACAAAUGAUUCAUCGAUUAACUCAACAAUUUCACAAAAUGAGCACAUGGAUGUCAAUAAUGCAACUAGUUUUAGAAUUUCACAAGUCACAUCUUCGACAUCACACAGCCUGAUUGACCCCAAAGAUAAUCUCCAAAAUGAAAGACUGCCAAAUAAAGAUGAAAAAUUUGUUGAAUUGGAGGAAAACAGUGCAUCUUUGUUACAGGAAGUGCAUCAUUCAGCUGAAUUUAACAAAGAAGUCAAUAAAAAUUUGGAUCAUAUUUUAAAUCAGCCUACAACUAGUAGAGAUGUUCAAAAUAUUAGCACUAUAACAAAAGAUAAUGAAUCGGAAUUGUCUAAUCAGUCUCUUGAAUUAAAUGAUAAAAAAUUUGAGACCUGUGAUAGUCAUAUUAAUGAUAACAGUGAUAUAAAUACAACGACACAGUCCGGGGAAAAUUCAAAAAGAAAUAUUGAUGAAUCUCCAGAGCUUAACCGUUUCCAAUCAAUUUUAGAAAGUAUCAAAAGACAAGAUGAGCGUCUAGCGGAAAAAGAUAAACGGUUUCAAGAAUUGGAAGGUGGUUGUUCCGAUGUAUUAAGCAGUAUUAAUAAUACUCUGCAAACAGGGGAAAAUUUAAAGCAAAGAUUGACCAUACUACAUGCUAGAAAUAUGAAUAGUAACGAUUUUGAAGACAAAUCUGAAGACGAAGACUCUAAAGACAGUUCUUCUACAAACGGAGAUGAAGCCGAGCCGUCGACAUCUAGCGACAUUGAUCAUGAAGCAAGAUUUGCUGCCAGAGAUAUUCGUUUAAAGAGAUUAGAAGAACAAACAAAGUCAUUGGUCAACAAAGUAAAUAAAACAACAUCAAAAGGAGUCAAAAUAAAUUACAAACUAGAAGAGCUUCACAAUAUUUACGGUUCCGACAAUUCACGUGCCGGAACUCCGUCUGAAGAAAACGAAGACAAAAAUGAUGACGUAGAAGCUUAAAAUGAACAUAAUAAAGUAUUAUGGCUGCAUAAACACUAGGUAUAUACUUAUACAUAGGUAAGGAAAAUAAAUUUCUCUUAUUAUUUAAACGUCUGUAAUCAAAAUUGCAAUUGGAUAAAUUGAUUUUAAUAAAAUACCUUUAUGU